AUGCCAGCUACUCAUCGAGUCCCCGAGGGUAGCCCAGUUGCCGCAUUUCUAUCCGAAUAUGCUUCCGACACUGAGGUAUUCGUUAGCCAUCUUGACACCACUGAGGUGUCAAGCCGAAAGAAACACUUCCUCCUCAUGCUAGGUGCCAAUCUUGCAUGGUCUUUUCUACUUGGCAAACGCAUAUACGGCGCUCUCUACCGCUAUGGCGUCCUGUUUAUCCUUGGGAAAAUAUCACCAAUAUUCAAGGCCCCUCCUCCUGCGGUGAACUGGCCAUUAGCAGGUCAACUGUGCCUUGACAUAUUUAUGCUGUCCGUGUUUCUGCCCUUGAUCAACAACUUCAUCUCCGUCAUAAAGCUACGAUACCGUAGUGGGUUCCCAAAAUCUGAAAUCGUCUUCCGAAAACCUAGUUCAGCGACCGUUGCAAAUAUUCUUGCUCAAUCUCUGGAAAAGAGGGAUUCAUACCUGAAUGACCUUCUGCGUCGUGCCGUCGAUCCCGAGGAAUUCAACCAGCCAACUUGGGGUAUGCCUUGGGAUGAGUGGACCAUAGACUUCCGGGCGAUGGGGGUUGCAGACGAGGCGGAGAAGAAGGGUUUGAUCUCUAGAGAUGCAUGGGAGUUAAGCGUAUGGAUGAAGAUGAAGGAAGGCUGGACCGUAAUUGAGCACGGGAAAGUCAGUAACCCCUUGAGCCAAGCUGGUAUGAUGGAAAAGCUUCAACGUAAACUUACUGCCAUGGGCAAGCGACAUGUGUUUACUCAGAUGAUGGAAGUCAUUCAGGUCAAGACUGUCGCGAAAGAUGGAACUCCGAUGCCUGUCACCGAGGAAGUGGACACAAUUAUUGCAGACAUCUUUCGCCGGAAUGAGGUGGAUUUUGCGCAGUUGACAAGCGAAUUGGCUACAGAAACUCCCCGUUUCGCAGCCAACUCGUCAAAGAAGACGAAGUAG